AUGUUAGACUGGUACCAGUUAGAAAUAAAAGGCUUGCAAACUAGUCUGAAAGAAGUCAAAAAAAUUCCCCAAAAAAAGUCUAGUGAAUUAACCUCAAAUGAUUGCGAGAAUUUGCAACACGAAAUGAAAUUCUUAAUGGAGAGACUCGGUGAUGAAGAUAAUUAUGAGAAGUUAGAAGAAUUAACUAACCAACUUAUGGUUGAAAUUAGUAAAACAAUACUAAAAGAACUAACAACUAUGAAUUACAUUAAUCCUCGCGUAGAUAUCGCUUUUAAGAAGUUAUUUGGAGUAGAGGAGAAUAAAGACUUGCUUAUUUCGCUUGUCAAUUCCAUUGUUUCUGAAAAAGAUCAAGUUGCAGAACUUACUUUAUUAAAUCCCUACAAUCCCAAAAAUUUCUGGCAAGAUAAAUUAUCUAUCUUAGAUAUCAAAGCCAAAAAUAAAGCCGGAAAAAGGUUUAAUAUUGAAAUUCAAAUUAGUGAUGAAGCUGAUUAUGAUAAAAGAGCCUUGUAUUACUGA